UUAAAAAGGCGGCUUUCUCUCUCUUAAAACCUCUUCAGUCAAAUACUCAAUACUCCUCUUCUUCCUCUCUCCUUCCUCAUUUUCUCUCUCUAUAAAUCCGUACUAUUCCACCAUAUCCCAAUUCUCCAUUUCUCAAAAACCCAAUUUACAGCUCCAACAAUGGAGAUGGCCGAAGUGGCCAUGAUUCCACCACCACUAACAGUACUCCCACCCUCCGCCGCCUCCGAAUUCAACUUCGACAGUAAUUGUUCCUCACCUUACAUCACAGCUCCCUCUAGUCCUCAACGCUUCGGAAACUUUUUCUUCAGCGCACCCACCAGCCCCACACGUGUCUCCGCCGUCGCCGUCGCCACCGCCACCGCCACUGCCGCCGCCUCCUUAUACGGCGUCGACAUCUCUCUCAUCUCGGCCGAUUCUAUUUCUCCCAGAAAUUCUUCCGCUUCUACUAAUAUUCCCUUUAAAUGGGAACAAAAGCCUGGAAUCCCUAAAGGAAUUAAUACAAACGAUAACGAUGAUGAUGAUGAUGAUGAUUUUGAGUUUGAUUUUAGUGGACAGUUAGAGAAAGGUUCGUUAUCCAUGGCCGAUGAAUUAUUCGAUGGUGGGAAAAUUCGACCUCUGAAACCACCUCCUCGAAAUUACGAUUCGUCGGGACCUAAUUCUUCUGUUAAUUCGCCGAGAUCGAGAAUUUCUCAGGGGAAGAAAAUGGUUCAAGAUGUACUAAUGUCACCCAGAAGAAAAAGGGACGAGAAUUUCGACCCAUUCGCUGCCGCCAUUGAAGAAACUCGUAAGAACAGUAAUCAAGAUCGAGAACCAAACCCAGAAAAUAAAUUAGGACGCGGGAGAGAAAGAUCAUCAGCCAGGAUUAAAGGGACUCGAUCCUUAUCCCCCAUGCGUGUUUCCGACGCGCUACUGUUCGACCCGGAAGAAAAUUCCUCCGAUCAAUUUUCCGGGAAAAUAGUCUCCGAUCCCAAUUCAACCUCAAACAAUUCGAGAUCGGCUUACUCGUCGAUCUUGUCCGCCAUUUCCUUCGCCAACCGUAAAUGGAAACUCAAGGACUUAUUACUCUUUCGUAGCGCGUCGGAAGGUCGAGCUUCUUCAGUGAGCGAGUCUUUCCGGAAGUACGCCGUUCUGUCAAAAAAGCCGGCGACGGCGCCGGCGCCGGCGCCGGCACCGGAGGAUGUGAGGAAUUCGAGUUUUCGAUCGACGGACAGUGUGGGUUCGGUGAGUUCGAGGCGGCGAGGGCCGGCGGUUUCGGCUCACGAGUUGCAUUAUACGGUGAAUCGGGCGGUGUCGGAGGAAAUGAAGAAGAAAACUUUCUUGCCAUACAAGCAAGGUCUGUUGGGUUGUUUAGGGUUUAAUCCAGGUGUUCAUGAGAUUUCUAGGAGCUUUGGUUCUUUAUCACGUGCAUGAAAUAUAUAUAUAUAGAUAUUUAUAUGUAUAUAUCCAGAUUAUCUUAAUCUGGGUUUUAAUUUAAUUGUUUUGUUUAUUAUUAUGAUCAUCAUCAUACAAUUUUCAAAUUUAUAUACAUUAAUUAAUUAUAUA